UUCGGUUUAGAGAGUGUCCGUGUAAAUAAAAAUCACCGCGCGUGGUUGUCAGCUUAAAGCACUGGAUACGUUUCAAACAGCCCCAUGAGCGUUUCUGGGUCCUCCCCUACACCGUCUCGGUUAAACAAAUAGUCAGUUUACUUGUGGUGAUACGAUCAGUUCUUUGUCGUGCCCCCAGCGCCGCCCGCCUCACCCCCUGUCCCAGCCAGUCGGGGUAGCGGUCCGCACUCAUCAGCCGGGGUGGGAGGGAGCCGGGAAGCAACGCCGGAGGAAAACGCUUCCCUGUAAGCUGUAACAUGCAGCAGGCUGGCCGAGGGACGAGUUUGCGGAUACAAGCUUUUACGUUACGUUACCACUUACGAGGAGUUUCCCAAAAGUUUUAAGGUUUUUUGGAGCUGCAGCCAUGAAUCUGGGCAAACUGUCGGGCAUCAAGGGCUUGGUGUCCAACUCGCAGGGCAAGCGGCGCUUCAAGGGCGACCUGACGGCCGACAUGAUCAGCCCGCCGCUGGGCGACUUCCGGCACACCAUGCACGUGGGUCGCGGCGGCGACGUCUUCGGUGACACCUCCUUCCUCAGCAACCACGGCGGGGCAGCCGAUCCCGACUCCUCCCCUGAGAAGACCAGCGGCCUCCUCUCCCGCACCUUUCGGCACGUCCUCCGGACCCCGACCCGGCCAGUGGCCGACGCUGCGGAUCUCUCCACGCCCCCUCCCCUCAUCUCGCCCAUCAUCAAGAACGCCAUCUCCCUGCCCCGGCUGGAUGUCGACACUCCCAAUGGCUGCCUGAAGAGGGAGCUCUUUCCCAACUCGCCCAGCUGUCCAGAGGGCUCUAUGUACUCCUAUGGUGUGGAUUCUGGUUUUGCCACGCUGCCCCGCCUCUCACGCAUUGACGGCCAGCUGCAGGAUAGUCCCACCCACCGCUCCCCAGAACCGUCGCCCUCCGACUGCACCGCCGACUCUCUGGCACGGUCGGACUCCCUGAUCUCGUUCACCGUGGACCUUGGCCCCUCACUGAUGAGCGAAGUGUUUGGCAUAAUUGACAGCCCUGACGGCAUCAGGGAGGCGGGCCUCUGGUGGGAGGGAGAAGGGCCGGCCAAUAGCUGCGACGCUGCCCCUUUAUCCACCAACGCCGUUGCAGAUUCCCCACGGGGGGCGGAGCUAAAUGGCAGGGAGCGGUCAGACAAAGAAUGGGAAGAGGGGAAAAAUGGGGACUUGCCAAAACCGGAAUCUCCAGGCACGGCGGUGAAGACCCCCGGAAGAAUGGAGCCGGCAAUGGAGGCAGAACGGUUUCUGAGGGCGGCUGAUGUGUUGUCACGCCAUUACGGGGGAGGCGGGCUCUUAAAACGACCUUUCCCCUCCAAUGGGCGGGACUUCAGUCCUUAUACGGGCUUUGGCCCGCCCACCCAGAGGAGCCCAUGUACCGACCCCGAAGAGGACGAAAUCAAAGUCUGAAAAAGCACGGACUGUAGUGUUUCUGGAAAGCAUUCAGACGUGACUCUCUUGAUGUAUGUGUGUGUGUUUCCUGUGUCGAGCUCGCAAAGUUUUGCCUGCAAGGUUUUAUUUCAUCUGUCUUGCUCAAAAAAAUCCUUAUCCUAAUGGACCUUCGUCACCCGAUGGACUUUCCUUGUGCAAAGGGUAGGAAAGGUUUGGAACAUGUUGCUGGGUAGCAUCCAAGGAAGCAGGAUUUAUAUUAAUUUAAAGCAGCAGUAACUAAUGUCUUAACAGUACAGUGUCCACACAGCCAAGAGGACCUGAUGGGUGUCCUGUACGUCGUGAUAUUUCUUAUGUUCUUAUAUUAAGAUAAACAGAAGCUAGCAGACGGAGAAGCACCAUCAGGUGGACAUAAGUGUCGUUCACUUCAGCCGCUGGGCUGUCGGUUAAAUAUAUCCACAUCCAGUCACUACACUCUCCAAGGCAGGACAUUCUGCUGAAUGGGUGUUGGGCUGCAGAGUGACCACAGAGAUGUGUCUGUCCUCGCUCACGCUCUCCGUCUUCAUCUUACGGGAGGGCAUUUUCGUAAGACACUGCUGGGCACAAGUAAUUCAGAUAGGAAGAGGAAAGAAUGAACUGUUAAGUAACACCUCCCCCCCCCCUUCGAGUUUCUUAAAUAGAGCCGUUCAAAAUAGGGCAACCAUACGUUCACCGGGAGAGAAAGGGAAUAAGGUCAAGGAAGUUCAAAUGGAGAAGUCAGUGUUGGUAAACAUGUCGGCACUGCAAGGGAAAAUGAAACGAACUGUGCUGCGUUUGAUUCAGGGCUUCUAGAGGGCUGUGGCUAACGUCCAUCCUUGAUAAUACUCUCCUCCUAACCGCUACAGGCCCAUUUCCAUCUUGAGUACAUGGGCCGGCCCAUUCUGAAGCCUCUCUUCGCUAUGCACAGUUCUGAUUUCCCAAGAUCCGUCAUCAAUGGCGUAGUUCCAGGUCAUCAUGGCCGAGAGGGAUUGUCCGAAAUUAAGCAACCGCAUGUGAUCUGCAGGACGAGGCAUCCCCCGUGUCUGAGAAAACGAAAGCUCAUUGGUCCUGGGCCUUCUAGCACACCGACGCCCCCUGAGUGCAGCGGCCAGUGCUAGAGUUCCUUCCUCAUUCACACGGCCCCGGAUGUGGCUCUUCAUAGAGCCCCACCUCAUGUACCGCGUGAGGGCAACGCUACUUUCAGGAUGAGUGAGUACGUGUGCCGGCCGACACUCUGAUCUCUAGGUGACAGACGCAGCUCGCAACCAUCUCGAAAGAGGAAACGAAGACUCCGGGAUUGUUUUUGCACAUUCGCAUGAUUUUCAUCCGUAACAAUGAUGACCCGGUGACAGUUGAACCAAAGGGGAGUUUUCAGAUUCCCCGGGUUUAAGUGUGCUCAAGAGAUCUAUUGGAUCUAUGGUAUAUUGCAAGGUAUUCUCUGAACACACAUCUUGUUUGUAAUGGAACAAUAUAUGAAUGUGUUAAUGUUUUUAAUCAAGCAAACCAAAGCUUCCGCACAUGACUUGGGUAAUUUAGUUAGUUUGCAUGUAUGCAAGUAAUCAAAGGAAAGAAAGGCAGUAUAUUUUAUAUCAUUAUUUUGUAUUCGUAGUCAUAUGAUGCAAAUGAUAUGUGCUCUUUGUAUAUACAUACCAACGAGAGAAAUGUCUGUCUCUCAAAGGAUAAUAAUAACAAUCUUAACAAACAGUGUAAUAAAUGGAUGCAUUUAAUACAUGUA